AUGCUUACGCUACUAAAUUAUUUUUUUCCUUUGUACCUGUGCGAUGAUUGGAGGGAGGGAGGGGAACAUGCGGUCUAUUAUUGGGGUGAGGAUUAUUUACUUCGCGUUGAAAGGCACGGAAACAUUCUAAAAUUCAGGAGUGAUAUACUCCGGCUGACGCUUGCUUCUCAUGCCGUUUAUUCUUCACAUAAACGACGAUCUGUGCACCGACAAAAGCUGAAGAGGUGGGAUGAUGAUGCCGAUGACGAUACACAACUUCAAUUCCAACCUGUCUGUCCUGUAUCCAGCUGCAGAUGCUGCCCGCCACGGAAGAGUGGAGAUAAAGUACAUACAUACAUUGCAGCAUGCAACGAGAUGGAGAUAACGAGUUACAUAUCUAGCAGGCAACAAGACAGCCUCGUCGCGGUAUCCCAAAACCCACCCUCCCAGCCAAGGCCUGGAGUGGCGAGGCCCGGGUUCCAUGCAGAAAGGCGCGCGCUGUGCCCUUUGUCCAGCUCUCGUCUUAGCGCGACCUCUCAUCCAUCCGAUUGGGUCCUAUUCCAAUCUUCUAGACGACCCGGCAUCUACUCCACUGCCGCCGAUCUGAUUCGCUAUAGGCUCCAAACGGCGACGCUAGGAACGAUUAUCCUUGGGACCGCGGUUGUGGUUGCCGCCGUUUUGCCGUCACGGUGGGAGGGGACACAGUAUAUCCCAUUGUACUUUAAGUUGUUGCCCCGUAGUUUAGACAAAACGACCGAGCAGGAGACUUGUAACUUGUUCGAGGCUAGAGAAAAGAAGAAACAUCAAAUCCGAUGGUCCCAAAAAAUGGUCCGAUUUUCGCGGAAUCUGUCGUCUGGAAGUCAGAAACUGGGCUCAACCAGGUCCCAAGGCGCUCUAGUGAGCUGCAGGUUAGCCAGCAGUAGCUACCCGAUUCGCCCUCCCUGGAUUGACUCCACGGAGCAUACUCCAUUAUGGAGUCCAUGCAGAACCUCAGUUGAUCACGGUCUCCUCCGCCAAUCACCAUCGCGGGCUUUCAUUCUGGUCGUCAUAGACACAUGGUUGGUUCCACCGUACUUUUUGCCCCUUCAGUCCAUCGGCCGUGUUUAG